AUGGCCGACUCGCCCGUCCAGUCCACCCCUGCGCCUAUCGAGAAACUCCCCACCAACUCCUCAUCAACCGACGCGUCGCCCGCUCCCGCAUCCACCUCUGCGAGCACGCCUGCCGCGACUGAGGCACCAGCAGCGAAGCCUACGAGCGUGCAGCAGCCGGACGAGUCGGACGGGGACAGCGAGGACGAGGACGAUGAGGAGGACGGCCCGGGGCUGAGCUUCCUGAUCCAAGAGGGCGGAGACGACGACAGUGACGAGGACGAGGACGACGCAGACUUCGAUGCGGCAGCAGCGGCAACAGUUGAGGAGCCCGACGACGACGAGAUCGAUCCUGAAGACCUCGAGGCAGACGAGAGCUUUGUCGCCACACCGGCGGUCGAGGACGCGGACGCGGAAGAGCAGCCGAGGAAGAGGAGGAGGGUUGCGACGGGCAAGAAGGACGCGUGA